GGUUCUCGAACAGUCGAUAUUCUAUCUGAAAGUGUUCGCUCAACGAAACAAUCCAGCGAAGUUAAUCGUAUUAAAUAAUUGAUAGUCAGAAAAAAACCAUACCACGCGAAAAGAAAAAGUGUGAUAGGAUAAUAAAGGAGCUUUUGAAUAUUAAUACAAACGAACUUACAAAGUUGGUGGAAAAGUGAAGUGAGAAUAAAAGCCAAAAGAUAUAAACAGAGCAGUGGAGGACUGUAGAAGCGAACAGAAAAAUCGCAAAAAAAACAAGCGAUACGAGUUUUAGGUGUUUAAUUGUGUUAGUGAUAAAACAUAGUUGCAAAAAUGGUCUUAAGAAGCAAGGAAUUCGCGCGGUACAUCUUCCAGAAUCAACACAAGCUGAUCCAACAGCUGUUGCAGACACACAUUCGACUAUGCAGCGGAGUUUCACAGCAGGCUCAACCGGCGUUGCGCGUAGACGAAUAUGAUGCACCUCGGAUACAGCGUGCUCCCCCGCUAGCCGCGCCCUUUCCGAUGAAGAUUGAACAUGCGCCCGAUGUGGGAGAACAGUUUCGGUAUUCCGAUCUCACGGUCCGGUUGGCUGCACCGCAUCAACUUUCCCCGAAACCAGAUGCCGACGAUUUGACCUUCGGGAAACACUUCACCGAUCACAUGCUGAAGGUGGCGUAUCACCGGAGGCUUGGCGGCUGGCAGAAACCGGAAAUCACCCCAAUGGAAACUCUGAACCUACAUCCGGCGGCCAAGGUGUUUCACUAUGCGGUGGAGCUUUUCGAAGGAAUGAAGGCUUAUCGCGGCGAGGACGGUAGGAUUCGACUUUUCCGACCGGAAAUGAACAUGGCUCGUAUGAAUGUGACGGCAUACCGAUCCGGACUACCCACGUUUGACAGUGAUGAACUGAUCAAGGCCAUGUGUCGGCUGAUAAUGAUCGACUCCGAAUGGGUCCCACAUGCUGAAUCCGCCAGUUUAUACAUUCGACCGACGUUGAUUGGAAUCGAGCCCACCCUAGGAGUAGCAUCUUCGGAAUCUGCCCUGCUGUACACUAUCAUGUCACCUGCCGCAUCGUACUUCAAAGCUGGCGCUGGAGGUUUGAAACUCUACGCAAACCCGAAGUAUGCCCGAGCCUGGCCGGGUGGCGUCGGAGACCGAAAAGUUGGUUCCAACUAUGGUCCGACGAUUCACGUCCAGAAGGAAGCCCUGAAAAAUGGAUGCCACCAAGUGCUGUGGCUGUACGGUGACGACCAUCAACUCACGGAAGUCGGAGUGAUGAAUGUGUUCAUGGUGUACAUCAACGAUGAUGGAGAAAAAUGCCUGAUAACUCCGCCCCUGGAUGGUCUGAUUCUGCCGGGAAUAACACGUGACUCGGUACUCCGAAUGUGUCGCGAAUGGAAUGAAUUCUCCGUCAAGGAAGAGAAAUUCACCAUGGCACAGGUUCGCCAGCUUGCACAGAAAGGACGGAUUUUGGAAAUGUUUGGCACCGGCACAGCCGUUGUCAUCAAUCCGAUCGAGUGCAUUGCCUACGAGAAUGAGGAUAUUCCGGUACCAACGUUGCAACAGGAAUCGCCGGUAUAUCAGCGGCUUUACGACACACUGACUGCGAUUCAGUUCGGCAGGAUCGAACAUCCGUGGUCAACCGUGAUAGAUUGAUUCGAUGGCGUGGACUCGGUUCGGUGGAAAUCAUGCGACAUCUCAAGAUGAAAUCACCCAGUCUUCCCGCUGUCCCUAGUGUUUAUUCUUGGACUUCAUCAAAGGACAAGCUAAGCUCUCUGGACGCACUCACUCGAAUUUGUAAAUAAUAGUCUAGAUCAGAGGAAUAGCGCUUCAAGCUGAUAUUUAUUAUUCAUAUUUUUAAUAUAACUACUAUCAUUAUUGAUAUUAACAUUAUUAUCAAGGGUUAGAUAGAUCAUCUGUAGUCUGUUUCCAAGUAAGCAAACUAAAAGGGUUUCUUUAAGGACCAGAAAAUCAUGCGUAUUCAAAUCUACUUCUUUGUACAUGAUUGUGAUGUAAAACACAUGGAUCAUGGAUUAUUUAUAACUAUUCAAAAUAGAUCCAAAUAGAGCAAAUUUCUUUUGCUGCAUUUAAUAGGUUAAGCAAGGUUAGGUAUGGUUACACUAGUUUUCCUUUUUAGCUGCGUAGCCACAUUUCAGACAGGAUGUCUCAUGACUUCGGCACGAUUAUCAGAAAAGAGUAUCGACUAGAUUAUAGAACGGAACCAGUUUAGCACCCGUCGCCAAAAUGAUAUUUGUGAAAUAUUUCAAGAGCGCGCGAAAAUCCUUCUGCCCGCCAGAAACAUUUCCAGAGAGUCGUGAAAAAGCGUGUGAAUAUCGAAGCAAGCGCAGAGAGAGGGAGAGAAUGACACCGCAGAAGCUUUUUGCCCUGCUCGAAAGGCGAGAACAGCUUAGAAGGGAUAAAGUGUGAAACUUAUUGUGCCGGUAGCAGCUUUUCUAUUCAUGUUAAAAAAAACAAAAGCUUCUAAAUUGUUUUUUUUUAAAUUUUAUUUUGGUUUAGUUAUGAACACUAGAGUAAAAUUGUAAAUUUUCCAAACCAGAGCGAACUCCGCAAAAUCGGAAAAUGGUUUGUCGUACAAAUCGAGAAAAAGUGCAUUUCAAAAGUGUAAAUACAAAUUGGUUAAAGUAGGCAUAGUAGAAAAGUUUACUAGGAUCCCGAGAUACUCGGUGCAAAAGUCCUCAGUAUAGCAGUAUCUUAAUUGUAAAGCUACUUAGAUAAGCAUAACUUUUUACUUCAAUCGUCGACGAUUCAAAAUAAACCUUUUUUUGCUACAAUA